AUUUUGUGGCCUGAUUGUAGAUCGGGAUGCAUUUACAGCUCUUUGCUUUAUGUUAAGAGCAACAUCUGCCAUUGGAGGGGCUGCAGCUGAAACCUCGGCAUUGACCAUCUUAUUGGAAAAAUUCCCAGAUAAUGUUGGAAUGGUUUCAGGUGUGGUGGAGAUAUGUACUGGAGGUGCAUUUUCCUUUGGUCCAGUUAUGGGGGGAGUUCUUUACACGGUUGGUGGUUUUAAACUUCCCUUCAUUGUUACGGGUGGAACUAUGAUUGCUGUUAUUCCAAUUUUAGCCUUGACACUUGGCAAAGGAGAGGAAAAGAAGGAAAACGAUGACAAGGAAUCAAUAUCCAGGUUAACAGUGCUAAAAAUUCCUACUGUACUCGUGUUAUCUCUCUGCUUUGCCGUCUGUGGCUUGUCAUUUUGUUACCCUGAUCCUAUCUUAGGGCCUCACUUAAUGGAGUUGGGUCAAAAUCCAGCAAAUGUUGGUCUUGCUUUUCUUUGUUGGAGUGCGACUUACGCCCUCUUUGCACCAUUGGUCGGAUGCAUAGGAGAUAAAACGAAAUGUUAUCGAACGAUGAUGAUAGCAGGUUUUACUGUAAUUCUCGUUGGACAUCUGUUGGUGGGACCUGCUCCAUUUCUUACGUUCUUACCAGCAAAGACGAUUUGGCUGUUGAUUUUAGCAGUGUUCCUUUAUGGAAUUGGGGGGCAGAUAGUAUGUCCAAUGAUUCCUCCGCAAACGUCCUUGUAUCAAGUAUUCACAAUUCUAUGUACUAUUUAG